CUAUAUCUUGGUGCACACAGGUACAGUGCCAGGGAUGAGUAGUGUAGGACCUCGUACAGUUGUGGUAAACAAACCCCCAACCUCAGGCAUUGGGCAACAACAACCAGGACAAAAAGUGAUCAUUAUGACCUCUCGACCUCCAACACCAAGCCAGAGUGCCACAACUGAGACAAUGGGAGGUGUCGUGAAAACAGCUGUUGUCAAUGCUGGAGGUACAGGACUCACCACUGUGACUGUCAAUCCAAGUAGUCUUCCAGCAGGAUCUCUCUCGCAAAAUGCCCUCACCACUUCUGCCCUAACUUCACAAAGCAGCACACAACAGACAACCAAGUACGUGGUUGUGACCGGGCCCAACCAAGGCACUAUUAAGACUGAGAUCAAGCAAGAAUCAGACCUAAACCAGCCACAGCAACCCAUGGAUCUGACAUAAAACUUGUUUAUAAAGGACUUGGGAGUGAUAUUGAUUUUAUAACACCAAGAAAUUCAUCCGAAUAGAAAGAAACAUUCUCAGUUAUAUGUCAUAGUUGAUGAAGUGGAGAGACAAUUUGCCAUAAGCAUAUCUGCUUUAGAAAGCAUUUCUAUUAUAUUUUUAAAGUGAAUAUUAAUAUAUGUUGACCGCCAGAUGUGUUAAGCAUAAUUUUUUCCACUACAAGAUAUAGUCCAUGAUUUUAUAUUUAUCUUUGGUUUUGUUCAUUAUUUCUGCAUUUGGUUAUUUAAAAGAGGAGUAUUUGAACAUUAACAAACAUAAUUUCACUGUAUUGUACAAAAACUAGUUUUAAGAAUUUUCUCUCAGAUUUUGCUACAAAGUAGAAGUGAUUCACCAAUGGAGUACUGUAUUCUAUUCAAGAAUCAUUAUUAGCACAGAAUUAUAAUAAUGAACAUUAUGUAAAUAUUAACUGACAUUUGAUUUUGUAUUUAUGAAAUAAAAAAGAUUGUCAUC